CCGUGCCAGCCUUGCCCGUGCCUCAUUUACCUUGGCUGGCUGCCGGGCAGGGCACGGAGCCCUCGACCUUCCUCAUCCUCACCCGUGGAACCAGAACUGCUGCCCUUCCCUCAUCACCCAGCUGCAGCGCGGCUCCAGCACUCCCCCGAUGCCCGGAGCAGCGCACCUGCAGCUCUCCCUCAGUGCCGGGCUGUCCUUCCUCUUCCUCGGCGUCCUCCUGGGCUGUGCCAUGUGCUGGUGGCACCGCCGGCGCCCGGAUCGCGCCCUGGGCCGGCAGCGAGUGGAGCUGGGGGCGGCUCUGCCCGCGGCCACGGUGCCGGUGCCCAUCCAGCAGCGGGGCUCGGAGCGGGGCGCCCGGGCCGAGGAGAUUUCCCCGGCACCGCCGGCACCCCGAGGGGGCUCUCCCCACGGCAGAGCGUCCCUGCCCAGCCUCCCGUUCCUCCCGCAGCUGGCGGGGCUGUGGCAGCGCCGCUGCACCGUGGCCGGCACCAAACCCCUCUGCGGCGAGCGGAGCCCGCUGGUCCCCGCCGCGCCACCGCGCCCCGGGCAGCGCCCGCGGCUCCACUGCGAGCUGCGCUACUCCGUGCCCGAGGCCACCCUCACCGUCACCGUCCUCGGCGUGUCGCAGCUGCCCCGGGGCCAGCGGGGCUCCCGCGUUAAGGUGUCCCUGGUGUCACCGUCCCGCCGCGGGUCCGAGCGCCGCAGGAGCCUCCGCCGGGAGCCGCGGCGGUGCCGCUUCGGCCCGUACGGCCCGCGGGAGCUGCGCAGCUGCACCCUGCGCUUUGCUGUCUACGCCAGGGCGCGGAGCCUCCAGGAGUCCUUCGUGGGCGAGGUCCUGUUCCCCUGCGCCGAGGCCGCCUGGGACCCCUGCGCCCCCUCCAGCUACUCCUGGGAGCUGGAGAGCACCAAAACCAAGCUCAGCAAGCCCCGCCGUGCCCCCAGCCUGAGCUGCAGCGUGCUCUCCUCGCCCCCCAGGCCCCUGGGGCAGCUCCUGCUGCUGCUGCAGCUGCAGCCCGCGGCCGGGCGCAUCAAGGUGCUGCUGCGCAGGGCCCAGGCCCUGGGCCGGCUCUCCCGCCUGCCGGGCACCCCAGGCCACUAUGUCACCAUCCACCUGCACCACGAGGGCCACAUCAUCGACACCAAGGAGACCAAGUCCGUCAGCGGCUACAGCCCCGUGUGGAACGCGCCCUUCCUCUUCACCCUCCCCGCCGGGGACAUCCAGCAGCAGCAGCUGGCCCUGGAGUUCGUUGUCAUGCAGGCUCGGCUCCACGGCCGUGGCUCCGUGCUGGGCCGUGUCCAGCUGGGGCCAGGGGUGCCACACUGGAGGGACAUGUGCAGCCGGGCACCGCUGGAGUCGGAGCGCUGGCACCGCAUCCAGCCUGGACCCUGAGCCUGGCCUGGGACUCACAGUGAGACAAGGGCAGCCCCGAGCUGGGCACAGGGCAGGUGGCACCCUCAUGCCAUUGGAGGGAGGUCCAGGUGCCAUCUGCAGGGCUGGAGAUCGCUGGAGGUUGGCACAAGCCCAUCCCAAAGGGCUCCAGAGGGGACUGAGCCCAUCCGAGGUGGCCCCAGCCUCGGGGGAGAGGAGGAGCUUUGUCUGCUCCAUCCACUGUCUGCACCUGGAACCUGGGCUGUGGGACAGGAGGGACCAGCACCCAGUUGGGAUCCCUGUGGCCACCACAGUGGUGGCAUCUCCUGUGUGGAGGAGCCAGGAGGGACAACGACCCAGCAGGGACCCCUGUGGCCACCACGGUGGUGGCAUCUCCUGUCCCUUCCACACUGGCUCCAUCCCAUCUCCUGCCCUUUCCACCCCACCUGAAAAGAGCCACAAGGACACGCCAAUGCCACCCGGUGAUAAAGGUGUCCAUUGGCAUUUUUAAUUGAUUGCUGGCCCUAAUUAGAGCUUGAUAAAUAAAUAAACAAAAACCCAAACAAAUAAAUAAAUAAAUAAACAAAUGGGUUG